AUGAUUGCUCAGAUAUAUGUGGAUGACAUAGUGUUUGGAGGAAUGUCAGAUAGAAUGGUAAAACACUUUGUUGGUCAAAUGCAGACAGAACUUGAAAUGAGUAUGGUUGGGGAACUGACUUACUUUCUUGGUCUUCAAAUCAAGCAAAUGGAAGACUCCACAUUCAUGUCUCAAAGCAAAUAUGCCAAGAAUAUAGUAAAGAAAUUUGGUAUGGACAAUGCAAGUCACAAAAGAACUCCUGCACCAACACAUCAAAAGUUAUCCAAAGAUGAAGGAGUUGGAGUGUGUGCCAGAUAUCAAGUAGAGCCAAAGGCAAGUCACUUGAAUCAAGUCAAGAGAAUUCUUAAAUAUGUAAAUGGGACUUCAGACUAUGGCAUACUGUACACCAACGGAAGUAACCCUGUCUUGACUGGAUACUGUGAUGCUGACUGGGCUGGAAGUGCUGAUGACAGAAAAAGCACAUCUGGAUGA